UUGCGCGUAGUGUUACUUGCAGCGUCGUCAUGGCCGAGACAGCUCCUGCUGCUGCGCCCGCCGCCGCCCCGGCUCCCGCCGCUAAGACCGCCGCCAAGAAGCCGAAGAAGGCGGCGGGCGGCGCCAAAGCCCGCAAGCCCGCGGGCCCCAGCGUCACCGAGCUGAUCACCAAGGCCGUGUCCGCCUCCAAGGAGCGCAAGGGGCUCUCCCUCGCCGCGCUCAAGAAGGUGCUGGCCGCCGGCGGAUACGACGUGGAGAAGAACAACAGCCGCAUCAAGCUGGGGCUCAAGAGCCUGGUCAACAAGGGCACCCUGGUGCAGACCAAGGGCACCGGCGCCUCGGGCUCUUUCCGCCUCAGUAAGAAGCCGGGAGAGGGUUUGGAGAAAGCUCCCAGGAAAAAGACAUCGGCAGCCAAGCCUAAGAAGACAGCAGCUAAGAAACCUGCAGCUGCUGCUAAGAAGCCCAAGAAAGCAGUGGCAGUGAAGAAGAGCCCCAAGAAAGUCAAGAAGCCGGCGGCUGCUGCCACCAAGAAGGCAACGAAGAGCCCCAAGAAGGUGACUAAGGCUGCCAAGCCCAAGAAGGCAGUGGCUGCCAAGAGCCCGGCCAAGGCAAAGGCGGUGAAGCCCAAAGCUGCUAAGCCCAAGGCAGCCAAACCCAAGGCAGCCAAGGCGAAGAAGGCGGCACCCAAGAAGAAGUAAACUCCUGUGGUAGAAAACUCUUGACCCGCUUCUAAAUCCAACGGCUCUUUUAAGAGCCACCCAAGAUUUCCCAAAAAGAGCUGAAAUACCGCUUCGAAGAUGUGGGCACUACCCGGGAGAGAUGAGAAAACACACUGACGUUUAACAUGGAGGUGGGCGGGGCGGGCUACGGGCUGUGGCGGAUGCUGCACCCCUGCGCCGCUUAGAAGCAGCGCUGCAGUGGCUUUGAAGCACCCGCGCUGUGUGCGGAUCGGCUGCGCGGCCGCGGCUAUCACCGCUCACGGGGGGCGCGGCGCGGCCACGCUGGGCGCGGGGAAGUGCGGGCGGUAGGGAAAUCACACGGGCAUUCCUGUACCGACUGCAGGAGUUCGCGCAUCUUUACUUCAGCUGAGCCCAUUUUAUUUUUAACUUUUUUUUUUUUUUCCGCUCUUUUAAUUAAAAAGAUAAUGAAAUCGCA